AUGGGAGGCGGUUAUCGUGUGAGUAGCACGCGGCACCGAUCGCCGCAAAGGCCACCGAGAUCACGACAGCCAUCAUGGGUACCCGGCGGCGACGCUGGGGGUGUCCAGUCCUCUCGCGGGCGCUCUCAGGGUAUUCGAGGGCCUGCAAAUGUCCACAAUGACCCUUUUGUGGACAGUGGAAGGACGGCCCCGUUGGGUGAAUGGUUCAGCAUCCCAGGCGUCCGACCGGAUUGGCGUUGGCCGGCAUCAAGCGAGGGUGGUGGUGACACCGUCAUGGAGGACCGAGAUUCAUUCAAUGAGGAUGAGGGCGAGAUCGUUCUCGUCGGGCGUCCAUCUGAUGAGGGCGAGGUAAGCGAUUCUGCGGAACCCGACAUGUUUGGAGCCCACGAGUGGCGGCCUGCCGGACUCAUUCGUCGUCCUGCCGUCCGACGGCCAGAUCAUCCUCGUCGGGCUCCAUUCAGGCCACCACCUCCCCGCACUCCAUCAAGGCGAGCGCCCGGCAACCUACCUCCAUCGAGGCUGCCUGCACGGCCCUCGCGUCCUUGGAGCCCCCCUCCCGAGUACUCACCACCUCGGAACUUGCCUCCGCGAUACUCGACCCUAAGCGUCCGACCGCGCCAAGCAGUUGGCCGUCCUAGCCACUACCGCUGGUUGCGUGCUCGCGCAAUCGGUGACCACGUCGUGGACACUGGUUACCAUGUCGUGGGCACCAUGCUCGAAACAGCAGGACAAGCCAUGGUGGAGACUGGAAGUUACUUGAUGGGUGAAAGGCGAGAUGGACGGCGGAGAAGGUGA